UUUCUUGGCAUCAUCAUCGAUUCAAGAAUGUCAAAAGAAAGGGAUAGAACUAGAAGGGGAAGCAGAGCCCCAUAUACAUGCGGAGGUUGCAAGUGGAUGAGGAAAAAGUGCGGGAAAGAUUGUCUUUUGGCUCCUCACUUCCCACCGCAGAACACGCAAGAAUUUGAAGCAUGUCAAGGAGUUUUUGGGUUUAGCAACAUGCAAAGGAUGCUUAGAUUCCUUGGUGAACAAGAGAGGCAAGAAGCUGCCAACUCUAUGAAAUGGGAAGCUUCGAUGUGGACCCAAGACCCUGUUUCUGGACCCCUUGGUCAGUACAAAAAAUUACAGCAAGAGAAUAACAAUCUCAUUAACCUAUUGAAUCCCCCCGAACUUGGCAACAACAACAAUGAUGAUGAUGAUGAUGAUGAAGUAGCUCCCACUCACAAUGCACGGAUUCAAAGAAGUGAUUUUCCGCAUUCUCUUAAUCAUCCUGGUGAAGGAAGCACAAGCUCGAACAGAGUUGAGCAAGAAGGUCAACAAUGUAUUCAACAGCAAACCCAUACUCUUCAAGAUUCAGAUGAAAGCCAGUUGAAUAGUGAAGAGAAGAUGACUGAAAAUCGAUGAUUAAGACACAGGAAGAAAAUGAUCAUGUCUCAUCAAACCUCCUGUUUUCUUCUUGGUAAUCCCGCUUUUCUUAGGAUAAAGU